CUCGCUGUCAAUGUCGCUUUUUAUUCUCGGAGGAGCAGCUGCAUUAAGGCGCUUUUGUCAACAUUGCAUUCAUGUUGCGCCCAGUGCCCGCUCGCGCUGCUCUCAAACAUCCCGAGAGCGAGAAACGCUCACUUCGAUGCUGACAUUUGCAAACCCUCGCGGCGACGCUCGGCCACGCGCGCGUUCCGGUGGCAACAAAAUAAAUAAAAGACGGAGAGGCCAGAGCGCGCGGCGCGUUCACGUACAGUGAUCCCACCGUGAUCCGGGGGGUGGAGGGGGGGGGGAGAUGGCGAGUGGGCUGUCAUGCAGCAGCUAUGCGUGGCGUGGCGCGCACAGACGCAUGGCUGCAUCGACAGUCACCGCCUAAAUUUAGCCGCCGCUGGGGACAAGUGGAGAUGUCAUCUGGGCUUGGACGGCUGGAGACUUCCUCCGGGAAUAUAUGCCGCUUGACGGCACACUCUUAUUGGUCGUGCCAGCAUUGCCAGAGUUGAGGAGAGAGUGCUAUUUGGUUGGCUAUGAACGGAUGCAUCAUGUUAUGGGAGCAGCCGGUAUUCUCGUCCGAGGCGCAGGUGUUCCAGAUCGACCCAACGACGCAGCGCUCCUGGCUGCCCGUGAGCCAGCAGGUGGUCAGGGUCUCCUUCUACCACGAUGCCGUGCGCAACAUCCACCGCAUCAUCAGCAUCGAUGGCACCAAGGUCAUCAUAAACAGCACUAUCUUGCCAAACAUGAAGUUCACCAAGACAUCGCAGAAGUUUGGCCAGUGGGCUGACGGCAAGGCCAACACGGUGUACGGGCUGGGCUUCAACUCCGAGAAGCUGCUCAUGGAGUUUUCCCAGAAGUUUGAGGAGAUCAAGGAGGGUUCUGCAGGCAAACAGCAACCGAUGCAGGAUGGGGUGAAUGGCGCAGCCACGGGGUCCGGCACGGGGCCGUCCUCCACCACGGACACUGGCAAGCUCCCACCGAGACCUCUGGGACCGCUGGAGAGGCUCAACAAGCUGAACGAGAGGCCGCGCCCUCCGGUGUCGGAGAAGCCAACCGAGGCGGCGGUGCUGCGCCGGGAUGGGCCCCCGCAGAACGGCAAAGGGGUCCGCCCCCUCUCGAUGGGCCCUGUGGCUGGCAUGCAGGCCCCGGGCCGCACGGAAACGUGGGCAGCGGAGAUGGCAGCGUGCCGGCACGAGUGCGAGCAACUUCAGCACAAGGUGGCCGAGCUGGAGGGCCGGAAGGCCGAGGCUGACGCGCUGGCGGUGCGGAACGCGGAGCUGAACGGGCGCGUGGCUGCGCUGGAGGCUCGGCUCGCGGAGCGGGAGCAGGAGCUGGGGACGCUGAAGAUGAUGUCAGAGGAUUCUAAUCAGGUGCACAGACAGAAAGAGGAUGUCAUGCAAAAGCUAAAGGCUGCCGAGGAGCGUGCCCAUCAGAUGGAGAGCCAGCUGCGCGAGCUGGAGCGGCGCCUGGCGGACGGGCGCGCUCGCGAUGCCACGCGCAGGGCCCAGCUGCAGGCGUCGCUGCGCUCGCUCGACGGGAAGAUCUCCGAGCUGGCCGAUCUGCGCAACUCGCUCGCGCAGCUGGCCGUGUGAAACGCCGCCGCUGCCGCCGCCACCUCCGCGGCUCUCGCGGCGAUGAACUCGCGCGUUUGCGCGUUUGACAACGGAUGUCGGCGCGGCGUCAAGAUACGGUGAUUUAAGUGCGCUGCUCGGCGCUGCAGUAGCGGAACAAUUAUGGCCUCGCGCUUGCUCAUUCAGAAUGGCUGGCGGCCAGCUGACACACCCCUCACCACUUUCUUCGUGGUGUCCGAGACAAGUCCGAGGCCAGAAUUCUUUGCUUCUGUAUUACCCGUGGGCACACUUUAUCGUUUAUAUACAUACAUACAUACACAAAGUUAUUAAUAUAAUAAUUAACAAUAACACACCCGGCCAUCGUGCAUCUAGAGAAAGCAGCACCAGCAACACAUGACGAUGUAAACUAUGCUUAUUCAUUCAAUGCUCCGUUGAUUACAAUACAAAUAAUAUAUUGGAAAAACAAUAGCAAAUUCAUGAAUGAAUGGCACUGGAAUGAACAGGUGUUGGUUAACGGUAUGCACUCAAUACCCAUGUGGUUAACUUGCCACCUAGUUCCAGAACUCUGGAGACUUUCGCCUUCCAAGUCACCUCACUCCCAUGUCUGAUAUUCUAUGACAAAUAAACCCUGGGGAAAGAAAAACAUAGGUUGCAUCUGCGGCAUUUUUGCAGGAAUGUGCAGCUAUUCCAACGGGAGAUAAACUUGGGUCAUGCACUUCAUGGUAUCCCUGUAUGUGUUUGUGCUCGUGUUGACGUGCGAGCACGUGUGUGUGUGUUCUAUUUAAAUUAUGUAAUUAUGUAAUGUUCAGAUGUCAGCUAACUACCAUUGUAUCAAUUAAUUGUCAGCCUUAUGAUUUCGAAUGUGUACGUGAAUAAAUUAAAAUGUUCAUCUUUGGUGGAUGGUUAUGUUCCCACCGUCAACGU